CCCAUUCGCCUCCCCUCCUUCGCUCUUGCAAAUAUUGAUGCUGGAAGCCUAUUUUAUUUUCCUUUUAAUUUCUUUUACUCUUCUGCAACGCUCAUCAUUUAUAUUAGUGCUUCUGCUAUGAAUUAUAUAUUUUGUUCUUAUGAUUUUUUUUUUUUUUCUGAUGGAUAAUUCCUAUACUUACGGAUAUAGAUCUAGAGUUUUGGCAUUCCUGUAAUUUUCCCGUUCGGUCCGAUGGAUUCUCGAGGAAAAAGCUAAAGAUUUUUAUGAUUUUUGGCUCUCUGAUUCUUGUUGGAAGAAUUAGACUAUUUGAGGGUUUGCAGCAUAAAAAACAAAUUAGUAGGGCUUGAUUAUGACUAAUACCCUUAUAUUAAUCAAUUGAAUGAUUAUCUGGCGUCAAGAUUCUCUAUAUAUCCUUUGUUUUGUGGAUUAGAGAAAGGGUAUUGUGCUUGGAUCUAAAAGAAGAUCUGAAAAAAUGGAUGCAUUCUUUAAUGGUCUUGAUUGUCGAUUGAGGGUGUCAGGCAUGGUCGCUGAUUCGAUCAUGAUGGGGAUCGUGAACUCUGCAAUGGAGAAUGCUUACAACAAGAGCUUGUCGAAAGAAGGGGAUUUGGAGCGGUUGAAUGAGAAGUCAAGGUUCUGCGAGCUGGCGAUAAUGCAGCUGGAGUGGUGUCUGAAAUACCUGCAGGACGAGAUCCAUGGCAACAUCAUUGAAGGCACCCGUGAACGUGAGCAGCUGCUCUCCGAUUUGUUGACGACUAGGGAUCGGAUCCACUAUAGGCUUGAGGAGACUGAGUUCGCGAUUGCAGAGAAAGAUAAAGAGUUAACAAGGAGCAAGGAGAGUGAAUCGAAGCUUAGAUCGGCUUUGGAAAUGAAGGGCGAAGAAGUGAGCUCUUUGCACACAGCGCUUGGGCUUGAAAGAGUAAAAACUGAGAAAGCGAGUGGAUUUGUUCAAUUUGAUGCAAUCAGUAUGGAAAAAAAUGAAGACCAUGUGUUCGGUGAACUGAAAGGCUCUUUGCAUCGACAGUUGCAGAAAAUCAGAGGCAAACUGGAGGAUGGGCGUGAAAUUUUGACCAAUCUGAUGCAAAAGAAAAGGAGAAACUCCUCGGAUGUUGACAAGUUGACAUUCAACUUUGAGUUUGGAGUGAAUGGUGGUGGCAUGAAAUCACUGCAUGAGCUUUAUGAUAUAGCACAGUUGAAGUUGGACUUUAAAGAGAUUGUUGUUGAUGUUGGUAUUCUCACGGAAAAGAUUGAAUCUUCUUUUGAAAUGAUGGGAAGAUCUGUUUCCUUGUUAAAGGCAGCACUGGACGAGCAGCAAUGGGUUUCAGAUGUGGAGAAGGAAACAUCUAAUUUUUUUAUUAAAAGUUACCUUCAGGAAACUCAGCAUGCGGGCAAGUUUGAGUUUGGGGUUCCCGCAAAAAGUUCUCCUCCAGCCUUGUUGGACAUGAACUGGUCAGCUAUCAUGGAUGAUAUUACAAGUUUGCAUCAUGAGCUUGAGGUAUUGUUGUCUCAAAUAGACGUGCAGUCGAAAAGUGAUGGAAGCAUGGAUAUGAGGACCCAUUACAAUCCUUUGUCAAGAGCAAAUGCUGGAGGAAAAGAUAGCUGUAAUUUUGGAGGUUCAAGGAGAGAUGAUGCUGUUUCUGGUGCAGUAGAAAUACAUGAGGAUUUCAAUGAUACUUCUUCAAAGGAUGGAAAAGCAAGCAAAUCAGAAGACCUAUCUAAAGAAAAUCCAUCUGGGCAUUUUGUUGCUGAUUUGAUACGUAACCAUGAGUCUAUUAUAUGGAAGAAAAGUCAAGAAAUUAACUGGUUGAAGGGAGAAAUGUCCAUAGAAAAAGGGUGCUCCUUAAGAAACGAUAAAACCUUUGAUUCUGUUAGACAAAUUUUUGUUAGGGUUAUUUCAAGGUUGGAUGAUAUUAGAAGGGAGAAUGCCAAGUUGGUUGCAGCUUGUGAUAACCACAGGUUUAUAGCCUAUGAAAGACCCAAGAGCAUUCUCCAAAACAAUUCAUCAAUAUAUGAAUCAGCGGAUAAAGAAAUAAUGGUCACUCGGAUAUCGAGAGAAUUCCUUGAUAAACCAAGAAAUGGGCUAUGCUGUCAUUUAGGAGAUACUGAGCUGUUUGAGGAGAUAAGACAGCUAGAAGAAGGAAAUGUUGAUUUGGACACUAAAGGUAAGAUGUCGGAAGAGAAAUACACAAUUCUUUCUAAAGGUUUAAUGAGAGGGAUACACCUUCAGUUCUUUGAUUACAACAUAGAGACCUUAAUCAGGGAGGAUGUAUAUAGGGUUAUCCUUAGUGGAAUGAUCAAAGAAUGGAAUAAUGAUAUAGAAUCUUAUAGCAUCGAGAGGCUUCUUAAAAAAGAGACUGAAUGCAUUGUAUUCAGUGAGGUAAUCAAAGAUAUGGUGCGUGUUGAGAAUUUAACUUUGACGAAAUGCCCAGAUGGAGAGAUCCCAUUUGGUAACAAUUUGUCUCAGACUUCCAUGUUCAGCGAAACUAUGGAAACCAUGCAAGAAGUGGAAUCACUAUCAAAUGAUUUUAAAUUGAAGGAAGGUUUAGAUUUUAAUUGUAAUUCAGAACCGGAGGAAUCUUAUAUCAUCAACAGGCUUCUUAAGGAGGAGAUUGGUUGUAUUGUAUUCAGUGAGGUAAUCAAAGAUAUGAUAUGUGUUGAGAAUUUAGCAUUGAUGAAAUGCCCAGAGGGAGACUUGCCAUUUGGUAAAAAAUUGUCUGAGACUUCUGCGAUCAGUGACAGUAUGGAAAAUAUGCAAGAAGUGGAAUCACUAUCAAAUGAUUUUAAAUUGAAGGAAGGUUUCGAUUUUAAUUGUAAUUCAGAACUGGUGGAACCUCAUAUUCAUCUUGACCUUGAUGGGUAUAAAAUUGAAGUAUCAAAUGCACUAAAUCUGCAACAUACUGGAUUGUUGGUUGAGAAGGAUAAUGCCUUCGAGCCAGUUGACAGAAAAUUUGAAUUGCAUCACUUUAUUUCUAGUAGGAUGCAUCUAAGUAAAUCGGUACCAUGUUUAUUACCUCUUGAUAAUAGGGAUUUGGCACAUGAUCAGGUAACUUCAGCAAGUGGCAUGAUACAGAAUGGUAACAACACCACAUGCUCACCAACAGGAUUUACAGGAAAGAAUUGGACUGAGUUGCAGUUCAUUGUGAUGCCUCUUACAAAAUUUUCACAAGUAAUCUUGGAUUUUGAGUUUAUGGUGUUUGACAAAAUAAAAGUAAAUAUUUCAAGGUUGGAAUGUCUGAAUAGUCUAUUGAAUCCUCUCAUUGAGCAAGUAGUCUCAAUUAAGAGAAAAGAAUUGCUCUAUUCAUAAGGCUUUUACAAGGCGAUGUUAUGACCUCCAAACAGCUGAAGCAGAGGUGGAUCUGCUUGGUGAUGAGGUAGAUGUACUUCUUGGCCUAAUUCAGAAGAUAUACAUAUCACUGGACCAUUAUUCACCAGUUUUGCAACACUAUUUUGGGAUAAUGGAGGUUCUAACAUUGAUCCGAAAAGAAUUAAUUGUGAAAGCGACCAUGACUACCAGACACUAAAAAAAGAGUUUCUUCAUUGUGGAGUCUGGGGAGGAUCAAAUGUACAUAGUUGUGCCCCUACGUGCAGAGAGGCCAUUUUCUAUAUUUUUGAACUUGUGACACUCGCGAUCACGUGGAGCAACCUUACGAAUGCGCCAGGCCCAACCUCACAACCAGGCAUUAAUAACAUUGUUGUUUAUUGUAGAGCUAAAUUGCCUUUGAUCCAAAAUUGGCAUUUCGUAGACCUUUGUUGCCACUAAUGAGUACUCAAUGCUGAUUUAUCUAACUUUUAUUAUGUGGUAAUGCUUUUGUAAUCCUUAAAUAGUAUGAGCAUAAUACUGAUGGAAUCUUUUCAGUUAUGUCUUUUGAAAGAAACUGUGGAGGGAGACAGAGAGAGAUCUUGGUCUAGGUUUCUCUUCCUUUUUUUGGUCUAGGCCUUCAGUCCAUCAAUGCAGGACGUUAACCUAAUUUUGAUGCUAUCAUGAGAUAGGUAUUGGGAACUUUGAGAAAGAGUUGUUGAUUGCGCAGCUGUUGUGAGAUGAGUAUUGAGAACUUUAAGAAAGAGAUGCCUUGUAGAAGGUUGACUUACAAAGUAGUAUCAUUACUAGGGAUGAAUUGAAGUUGACAUUGAGAAAAAAAUGGCGAAUUACACAAAUGGUUAGUUAUGCCUUAUGCAGCUUUCAUUAAGUGAUGAUGGAGCUAGAAUUUGCUUUGAUUGGCAAAUGCAUGGUUUUGUAGUUUGACGAUAUAUCUGCUUGUGUAUUCGCAUGUCAAAAUAUUCACGCCCAGCUUUGUUGGGGACAGAAGGCUGUAAUCAGAUGGGUGAAGCCGGUUAGAGAGAGAUAUGGCUUGAGACUGGAGGCUUUGGCAGAGAAGUGGGUAAAGUAAGUACAAUGGGAUUGAGAGGUGGGGUCUAUUGCUAGAUUAGCUUAGGCGGAACUGGGAUUAAAUUUGAUAGGGAGAGAGGAGCAAGAAGCUUUGGAUAUGAGAUGAAGAGAGACAUGAAAAUUGGAGUUGGCUCUGCACACGGGAUUGGAGAAGAGGGAGGUAUAGGAGAGAGUUGAAGUCUUGCGGGGGUUGAGAUUAAAAAAAGGACAUUAGUAUAAUCUAAGUCUGCAUCUUACUGUGCUGUUGAUAGGCGAGUUGGAGAUGGUACAAGAGUUUUGCUAGGAUCAAAGGUGAGAGAGGACAGGUAAUAUAAUCCAGAAAAUAUAUAAAGAUAAUAAGAAGGGGUCCUGGCGUGGUUUGCUUGGGAUCCUCCUCCGGUUCUUAUGCCGGCUAACCUCAUUCGGCGAUCCUAUCCAUCUCAGCGACAGCUGGCAGUGAAUAACGUACUUCCGGUGCGCCUCCUGUUCCCUCCAUGGAUAGAUACUCUCCCUCCUCCCCGCUGAAGAGUCUAGAGAGAUCUGAAUCUGGAGCUGCGCCUUGUCCAACCGUGAAUCAUCGCGUCUUCCAGAUCUUGCCCCAGAUCCGGCCAUGGCGGCGAGACCGGCAUUGCCUUCCAUCUCCUCCCCCUACUGUCCUCCUCUUCUCGCGUUGGAUCUCGCGUCCUCCGACAACCCACCCUCGCCGGUCCCCGGAGGACCUGUUCCGGACCCGGCAUCGCCCGUCCGUCGUCGGCUCCCUCGAUUGGUCCGUCCGCCCCGUCGCCGGCAUUGCCCACUCCGUCACCGGCUCCCGCGAUGGGUCCGUCAGCCCCGUCGCCGGCAUUCUCUCCGGGGAACCCCGAAUCGCCACCGGCACCGCCGUCUCCCCGGCGUCCUCACCGUCACCGCCGCCGUCUCCCUGCCAACGAGGUCGUCCGGGACGGGGAAAAGGGCGACGGGCAGGCCGAGGUGGGGAGAGUUCCAGCGGUAUGAGCGGGGAAAGAAGGCCGGGAUCGCGGCGUGGGUUUUGGCGGCUGCAGCCGUGGUGGGGCUAGGGGCGCUGGUCUACAAGAAGCGGGGGAGAAUCCAGCGAUCCAGGUACGGUUACGCCACCCGGAGUGAGAUGCUCUGAAAACCUUUCAUCAUGAUCAUCAUCAUCAUUUUUUCUUUUUCUUAUCAUUCGAGAGAUGAUUUUAUUUUGUCUAUACAUAAUCGAUUUGUUCCAAAUUCUUUUGAGAGCCAGGGCAGAGAACGUUAUUGAUUAUUUUUAUUUUAUUUUUUGCCUUUCAGAUAUACUUUGAUUGAUGAUUUUGGUUGAUGAUUUGGGAUAAUAUAUUGGUUUGUCGUUAAUCUACUUC